GGUUGGCCCGGGCGCCGGCGGCGCCGGCGCCGUUGCGUCGUCAUAGACCGACUGCUCUGAGGUCAAGUUGACGUGCUCCGAACGGUUGGUUUGCUCGCGUUGCUGGAGCGGAUAUGGCCCGACCCGGUGUCCUGGCGCAUCUGCAGCCGCCGCCAAGUCUCCUGCUACGGGUCGUCUGCGCUCUGCUCCUCCUGGGGUUCUCGUCGUCAGCUUGUGCUGUGCGCGAUCCGUUUGGGGGCCUGAGAUUGCCGUCCGAGCGUGAGCGAGAGGGGGGAGGGGAAGCUAGUGGCCGGGAGAGAGAGGAGGAUGCCAUUGGGGAGAGAGGGAGGAGGUGGGCGGUCCUCGUGGCCGGUUCCUUUGGCUACUGGAACUACCGCCAUCAAGCAGAUGUGUGCCACGCGUACCAGGUUCUCUCCAAGAACGGGCUGCAGGAGGAGAACAUCAUCGUGUUCAUGUACGACGAUAUCGCGUUCCACGAGGACAACCCUCGGCCGGGAACCAUCAUUAACUCGCCUAAUGGGGUCAACGUUUAUAAAGGGGUGCCGAAGGACUACACAGGGAGGGAUGUGCGGACCUCUGUGUUUUUGAACGUGCUUGCGGGGAACAAGGCGGCCGUGAGGGGGAUUGGCAGCGAGAAGGUGCUUGCGAGCGGACCCAGUGAUCACGUCUUCCUCUUCUACUCUGAUCAUGGCGGGCCUGGGGUUCUUGGAAUGCCCAACUCCCAGCUUCUGUAUGCGGACGAGCUUAAUGGGGUCAUCAAGGGGAUGCACGAGGCCGGGGCCUUCUUGGAGAUGGUGGUGUACUUGGAGGCGUGCGAGAGCGGUAGCGUUUUCGAGGGGUUGUUGAGGCCGGAGUGGAACGUGUACGCCACCACUGCGUCCAACGCUCAGGAGAGCAGCUGGGCCACCUACUGUCCGUACUCGCAGUUGGCGCCUCCGCAAGGCUUCGAGACCUGUCUGGGAGAUCUGUACAGCGUGGCAUGGAUUGAAGACUCUGAGACCAACGACCUCACCAGAGAGACUCUUCUCGAGCAGUACCUCGUCGUGAGUAACCGCACGGCACAUGCAGAAGGUUUCAUGAUUGGCUCGCACGUGAUGCAGUACGGGAACAUGGACAUAGACCUGGAAAAGUGCUCCUUGUACCUGGGUUCCAACACCGAACUAACGACUGCCGCCGGCGCGUCGCCGUCGUCCACUUCAUUGUCGCCCUUUGUCAACAAUCAGGACGAAGAAGAACAAGAAGAGGAAGAGGGGAAGAAGACGGGCAUAGACCUGGAAAAGUGCUCCUUGUAUCUGUCUUCGAACCCCGAGUUAACCACCACCGGCGGCGGCAGGUCGCCGUCGUCCAGUUCAUUGUCGCUGUUCGUCGACAAUCAGAAUGGAGAAGUAGAAGAAGAAGAAGAAGAGGGGGAGAAGAGGAUGACCCAUGGAGAGAGGAGGUCGCUCUACUCGAUCAAUAACAAAGGUGGUGCGGUGCCUCUGCGGGACGCGGAGCUGGGUUCGAACAACGAGUUAGCCACCGCCGCCGGCGCCGCCGAUAAGUCGGCGUCCAGUCUAUUGUCGCAUUUCGUUACUAAUCAGAAGACACAAGAAGAAGAAGAAGAAGAAGAAGAAGAAGAAGAUGGGAGGGAGAGGGAGAAGAGGUUGAUGGGUGGUAAGAGGAGGAGGUCGUUAUACUCGAUGAACAAGGGAGGUGGUGCGGUGCCUCAGCGGGACGCCGAGCUGGUUCAUUACUGGGCGAAGUUGUCGAACGCUGUGGAAGGUUCUGCAAGGAAAGCCAAGGCGUUGGAAGAGCUGAGCAGGAUCACCUCGGAGCGAGCUCACAUCGACCGGUCGGUGAGCUUGAUGGGGUCGUUGCUCUUUGGUGAGGACGGCGGCGACCGUUUUUUGAACGCUCGACGUGCGACCGGGCUGCCGCUUGUCGACGACUGGAACUGCCUGAAAGCUGUUGUUCGUGCGUUCGAGGCCCACUGCGGACACCUCACUGCGUACGGAAUGAGGCACAUGCGUCGCUUCGCCAACAUCUGUAAUGACCGAAUCCCCAUAUCAAGGGUGGAGAAAGCGGCGGCUGAGGCCUGCGCGGAUUAGUACGGAUUAAUUACUGUGUCUACCACCCUCCGUUCAGAGAGCGACCGAGGCCUACCGUCUUCCUCGGAUAGAACGCCCGGUCAUCAUCGCUGCAUCUAUAGACGGAAAGAUGUCCUUAGGGCGAGAUCCCACUGGCAAAGAGGAUUGUAGUAAGUGUCUGAAUGUGGACGUGGUUUUGGACAGGUGCGAAAAAUUGUGAUUGAUCUACUUUUCUGCACCUCUGCGUGGAAACACGUCCAGAUUCAGACACUUCUUCCAACCCUCUUUGCCAGUGGGAUCUGGCCCUUAGUAGAGCUCUAAUCACCGGGCGUU